CUCUAAAUAAACUUGCGUAACUUUUAAAACCCUGUCUCUUCUUCUUCUUCUUCUUCAAAUUCAAAACAAAAAAAGAUCAAUGGGAGAGGCAGUGGAUUGUGAAGCGAGUAGUUCAGUGACGAUCGGUUCGUCGCUGAUACCGAUAAUAAACAAGCUGCAGGACAUUCUGGCUCCGGUAGCCGUAGGCAGCGAGAUAUCGCUGCCGCAAGUGGCGGUUGUGGGAAGCCAGAGCAGCGGCAAAUCCAGCGUCCUCGAGGCCCUCGUCGGCCGUGACUUUCUCCCUCGCGGCUGCGAUAUCUGCACUCGUAGACCCCUCGUCUUGAUGCUCGAGAACCGCCCCGCCGGAGAUUCCGACUGGGCCGAGUUCCGUCAUUUGCCUGGAAAGCGCUUCUACGACUUCACCAUGAUCCGCCGAGAGAUUCAGGCUGAGACUGAUAGAGAGGCAGGAUUGAACAAAGGGGUUUCGGAUAAACAAAUUCGGCUCAAGAUUUCCUCUCCCAAUGUCCUUAAUAUGACUCUUGUUGAUUUGCCUGGCAUCACUAAGGUUCCCGUGGGAGAUCAACCUAGUGAUAUAGAAUCAAGGAUCAGGAAGAUGAUAAUGUCCCAUAUUCGCCAACCAAAUUGCAUCAUAUUGGCUGUUACUCCUGCCAACGCUGAUUUAGCCACCUCUGAUGCACUUCAACUGGCUCGAGAAGCUGACCCUACUGGUUUUCGUACCAUUGGUGUCAUCACCAAACUUGAUAUAAUGGACAGGGGCACCGAUGCCAGCAACUUUCUACUUGGGAAAGUUGUUCCCCUUAAGCUUGGCUACGUUGGUGUUGUCAACCGUUGUCAAGAGGACAUAAAUAAAAACCGUAGCAUUGCUGCAGCACUUGCUUAUGAGGAGAAAUUAUUUCGUGAUAAUCCAGUAUAUAGCAGUCUCUCUGAUCGUUGUGGCAUUCCCAAGUUAGCAAGGAAACUGAAUCAGAUUCUGGAGCACCAUAUCAGGAUUGUUCUCCCUGGUUUGAAGGCUGAGUUGAAUUCUCAGAUGAAUGCUGUUUAUAAGGAACUACAAACCUAUGGAAAAGUUAUGGAAUCUAAAACAGAUCUGGGAGCAACUAUGUUAAGUAUUUUGUCAAAAUACUGUGAAGCUUUUACUAGUAUGUUGGAUGGAAAAAAUCCGGACAUGUCAACUAAAGAAUUGACAGGAGGAGCCAGGAUCCAGUACAUUUUCCAGUCAAUUUUUGUAAAGAGCUUGCAGGAAGUAGAUCCCUGUGACGAUGUAACUGAUGAUGAUAUUCAAACGGCCAUUCAAAAUGCAUCUGGUGCAAGAAAUGCUUUAUUUGUGCCCGAGGUCCCAUUUGAAGUUUUAGUUAGAAGACAGAUUGCACGCUUGUUGGACCCAAGCCUUCAGUGCCUACGUUUUGUUUAUGAGGAACUGGUUAAGAUUAGUCGCACUUGUGAGGUAACUGAGUUGCAAAGGUUUCCAGUAUUAAGAACGCGUUUGGAUGAAGUCAUGGUAAACUUUUUGCGUGGAGGUGCAGAGCCUGCUGAGAGAAUGAUAGAGAAUCUUAUUGAGAUGGAGGUAGAUUAUAUAAACACCUCACACCCAAAUUUUUUAGGUGGGAACAGAGCUGCUGAGCUUGCUAUGCAUCAGUUGAAAUCACCACAGAUAUCUCUGGGCAUAACGGAUUCUGAAGCCCAAACUUCUCGAGUGGUUCGGGCAAAGAAUGUACAAAUACCAAAUAAGGGAAGUCGUGCACAGCUGGAUAACGAUCAACCUAUAUCUGGAAGUUCCACAAGGACUUGGGCGCUUCCAUUAUUAUUUGGGAAUUGGAGAUCGUCUGGAGACUCCCUGGAUAGCAGAUCUAUUGGUGAACAAAAUCAUUCACAAUCGAUGCCCUCUGUAAUCCAAUUGAGAGAGCCCCCGUCCGUCUUAAGGCCAGUUGAAGUGACAGAGCAUAAAGCAGUGGAAAUUAUUGUAACCAAAUUACUCUUGAGGUCAUAUUAUGAUAUAGUCCGAAAAAACAUUCAAGAUCUUGUUCCAAAAGCAAUUAUGCACUUUCUGGUCAAUCUUACAAAACGGACCCUUCAUCGAACCUUCAUUCAAAAUUUGUACAGAGAAAACCUAUUUGAAGAACUGUUGCAGGAGCAGGAUGCACUUGUUUUGAAAAGAAAGCGUAACCAAGAAUUGCUCCGAGUUUUGGAACAAUCUGUGCAGACACUGGAGAAAGUUGAAUCUGAUGUCUCUUCCCGUACGUCAAGUUUGAUAUUUGAAGCUUCCACUGAACUUCCAAGAAUUACAAGAACUUCACCACCCAAUGGUGAGAUAAGUCAAUUUAGAUACCGUUCGCACUCCAGAUCAUUUGUUACCAACUCUACAGCUUGAAGAUCAAUUUAGCAAGAACAGGCGUUGUGAAUUAACUCGAACGGUUUUGGAUUUGCUAGACUAUAACUGGCCAUUUUCCUCGGUGAUUACCAGGCGGUACAGCG